AUGGAAGUAUCUAGAAGAAUCCUGCUCGACAAGAAGUUCUUAGUACAUGCACAAGGUCAUUCUGGGGGUCUUUGGUGUCUUUGGGAUCCUAAGAGAUGGAAUAUUGAAGUUGUUCACCACUCCUUUCAAUUUAUUCACCUUAAGGUUCUGAAUAAUUCUUCCCAUUGGUUCUGCACGAUAGUUUAUGCUAGUCCGCAUCCUCAAGAUAAGGUUGUGCUUUGGAGGGAAUUGACCCAAAUCUCAAAGCAUAUUGAUGGUCCCUGGAACUUGGUUGGUGAUUUCAAUGUUGUUCUGCAUCAGCAUGAAAGGAUGGGAGGGGCACUCAACGCUAACCUUCGUGGGGACUGUGCCUUCCGUAACUUUGUAGAUCAAUGCAGCCUAAUGGAUAUUGGGUUUAAUGGUUCGGCCUUCACAUGGAAAAGAGGUCAACUAUAUGAACGCUUGGACAGGUGUUUAGCUAACUUUGAUUGGCGAGUAGCUUUUCCUGAAGCUUCUCUUACACACUUGAACCCGCUAAAGUAUCAUCACACUCCUAUUUUAUUACAAUUGAAUUUAGGUGUUGUCCGUUGUUCCUAUCGCUGCCCAUUUAGAUUUGAAGCGGUUUGGUUAACUCAUGAUGAAUUUCCUGAGUUCAUACAACGUGAAUGGAAGGCUAAUGAGCCUUGGAAUCAAAAGCUGCUUCGUAGAUUGAAUGGGAUCGCUGGCAAACUAAUGAAAGGCCCAAACCGUUUCCUUGAAAGACUUCAAUCAGAAUUAUGGACUGAAUUAGAAUCUAUAUUAGCUCGAGAGGAAAUAAUUUGGUUCCAAAAGUCACGCUGCAAAUGGCUCUUAAUGGGAGAUCGAAACACCAGAUACUUUCAUGGCACUACCGUCAUAAGAAGAAGGCGCAACAAGGUUGAGAGGCUCCUGAAUGAUCAGGCCUUGUGGGUAAUGCAACAGGAAGAGUUGGAGGCUAUGGUCACUGAGUACUAUAAACACCUUUUCCUCGAAUCAGGAGAUCAUAACAACUUGUGUCUACAAAAUGCCUUCCCUUCCCUAGGGACUGCGGAAUUAGAAGUCAUUGGUAGACCAAUCAGUGAUGAAGAGAUCCUACAGGCUAUCAAGCGUAUGGGGAGUUUUAAAGCUCUGGGACCUGAUGGCCUAUGA